AUGACUUCCACUCUGAAGCCAGACAAAACUGCAACUAAGGAUGGGACUCUGCACAAAGACAACUGUAUUCUAGUACCGCACAAACUAAGGAAAAUUGUGGACAGAAUAGAUGACGACAAAGAUGGCUAUCUCACAACAGAGGAAUUAAAAAACUGGAUUAAACGGGUACAGAAACGCUAUAUCUACGAAAACGUCGCUAAGGUUUGGAAAGACUACGAUCUAAACAAGGACAAUAAAAUUGCCUGGGAAGAAUACAAACAAGCCACAUAUGGUUAUUAUCUAGAAAAUCCAGAAGAAUUCCAAGAUGCAACUGAUCAGCACAGUUUUAAAAAAAUGCUGCCCAGAGAUGAGAGACGAUUCAAAACUGCCGAUCUGGAUGGAGACUUAGCUGCCACUCGUGAAGAAUUCACUGCUUUCCUUCACCCAGAGGAGUUUGAGCAUAUGAAAAACAUUGUUGUCUUAGAAACCUUGGAAGACAUAGACAAAAAUGAGGAUGGUUUUGUGGAUCAAGAUGAGUACAUUGCUGAUAUGUUUGCAAAUGAAGAGGGUGGACCAGAGCCUGACUGGGUGAUUACAGAGCGUGAGCAGUUCUCAGAUUUUCGUGACCUCAACAAGGAUGGAAAGAUGGACAAAGAGGAGAUUCAGCACUGGAUUCUCCCUCAAGACUAUGAUCAUGCACUAGCUGAAGCCAGGCACUUAGUCUAUGAAUCGGAUGUAGACAAGGAUCAGAAACUAACGAAAGAGGAGGUUCUAGACAAUUGGAAUAUGUUCGUUGGAAGUCAAGCUACUAAUUACGGGGAGGACCUCACAAGAAACCAUGAUGAGCUAUGAUACAGUGUACCAACCAGUAUGCUACAGACCUUUUCUCCACUUCACUGAAAUCACCGUGUCCAUCCCCUCUUUUUGGGGAAGACAGAUGAGACAGACUCACAACCAAAUGAUAUGCAUUAAUAUAUUUUUAACAUGCCAGCUUAUUACCUCAGAAACUGCGUAGAAAUAGCUUUUUACUCUUUUCACAUGGUUAAAUACAGUAUCUAAUUACUACAGUUUUAUUUUUGAAAACAUAAGAAGGUAACUUUCAGUCAUAGAUUAGAGCCUGAUCUGGAAAAGGCACUUCUAAAACAUAAUUGCAAGGAUCUUUAAUAGUUAAAUAUUUUCUUCAAAUACCCGUUUUUACUAUAGUGAAAUGCAGGUAGGAUUAGAAAGAAACCUAAUGUUUAAACAGACUAAGUUAUUUAGCCAUGUAUUUUAAUAGCAUGUAACAAUUUAUACUUUGAUCCUCCUAUCCAGAGAAAAGGUUGGACACAACAAGAUCCACAACCUUUUUCUCCACACUUUUUCUCUCCCAGUUUGGGCCAGAGGUACUGAAGAAGGUAUCCAGCAGCCCUCUGGCUCAUGGCUUUACCAGUGCAACAUGUACAACUGGCCCUUCUCUCCAACCCCCAUCACAGUGCAGACACCACACACAUGGCCCAUCACCCUGUGCUGGCAUUCCUCAGCGAGGGUUGUAGAGUUCAUAGUGACAGCUGCUCCUCCUGACAACAGAAUAACGUACAAUUGUUACCUCCCAGGUUAUGCUGUUUCCUGGGAGGAAUUAUACCACAUUUCUCUCACGCUUUUCGCACUUUACCCAAGCCAUAGUCUUGUUCACACAGUGUGAAUGGCAGCAGUUCUGUGAUAGAGAAAGAAUGAGACAUAUCACCCCUCUGGGCCAUCUGUACCACAUAAGAAGACAGGUUUAUGUGGCUAAAGUUCUGGUUUUGUAUGUAUAUACGUUACUGAAGCAACUACACGAAGACAGCUUUCCUUCUAAAGAAAGCGGUAAGCUUUCCACACAGGUGCUUUCUUCUUUACUGUAUAAUGUGAGCUAUUACAUGUAUAUUUUUAUAUACCCAACUUUUCUAAGUUUGGUUGUUUUUAAAUGAACUGGUUUAAAAUAAGCACAAUAAAACCAAUACUUCUUUUUGAUACUAGGAAGGUGCAAUAACACUAACACAGACUAGCACAGAGAGAUGAUGUGAAAGCAGGAACCGAGCUUUUAAAAGCCAGUAGUUCCCAAAGCACUGGGUCAUUGGCAGCUCCUGCAGCACAAGCUAGAAAUAAGUCCAAUGUACAUAGUUGCAAUCACUAGAAUCUGUUCUGAGCAACAAUAGUAGGAGAUUAGGGCUCUACAACACAGCUCACUUGGAGGUUCCUUGAAGGUUUGGUGGACAGCAUCACACACUGGUUAUCACACAACCAUCUAGAGAGGAGCUUUGAGACUCCCAGGUUGUGAUAUACUUCAGCAAUUUAAGAAAUCUGUGAAAAUCAUGAGACAGUGCAGAACUGUGUAAUUUUUAUAAGGUCAUAUAAGAACUGUGGUGAAAUAUUUUAUAUCCUAACUGAAGACAAUUCAAUCUAGAUAUCAGAGUCUGGCAGAGAUUAUCUGUUCUUGCUGGCACAAUUACUAAGCUUUUGGUGUGCACUUCUUAUGACAUUGCCAGCAGUAUCUCUGAAAAGUCCCUACCUCUUCUGCUAACGUACAGUAGGACAAAUGUCAUAAGACAUAAGCGAACUGGUUUUGUUCUUCCAGUACCCUCAAGUUAAAUA